GGCAUUUUUAGUUUUUAUUUGUUUCUUUUAAAUUGAGCGGAGCGAAGAAGCGGCUGUUGCCAUGAGCACCAUCCGGCCGCGGAGCUGAGCCUCGGCGCUGGAAGAGGAGAAGAUGCCUCAUGGAGCGCUCCAUCACCAGUGCGCCACUUCAGGGCAUCCGGAGCGCCGAAUAACAAAGACAUGCCGCCGUGUAGCGCCAGAUGGACGGUCGCGAUGCUGCUGCUCGUGGUGGUGAGCGGAGCUUUCUUCUUCUGCGAGUAUCUCAUCUACUUCCCGACCAUCCUGAAGUGCGCCUGGCCGACGAUCAGUGCCGCGCGGGCCGACGAGGACACCGACGGCCAGCCGGCGGACGCUGCUGUCCGCGCUAUGGUGCUGUCGGACACGCACCUCCUCGGAGCCGUCGGAGGACACUGGUUCGACAAGCUGCGGAGGGAAUGGCAGAUGGAGAGGGCUUUCCAGACCGCGCUGUGGCUGCUGAGGCCCGAGAUAGUCUUUAUUCUAGGAGACAUCUUCGACGAAGGCAAGUGGAGCUCGCAGAAGCACUGGGAGGACGACGUGCGUCGCUUCCACAGGAUGUUCAGGCAUUCCGCUGACACAGAACUGGUUGUACUGGUUGGCAAUCACGACAUUGGUUUCCAUUAUGAGAUGGACUGGUUCAAACUACAACGCUUUGAAAAGGUUUUCAACGCCUCAUCCACCAGGAUCAUCUCCACAAAUGGAGUCAACUUUUUGCUGGUGAACAGCGUGGCCCUUCACGGUGACGGAUGUCCCAUAUGCCAGUCGGUGGAGAAGGAGCUGAUCAAACUCUCCAGAGACCUUAACUGUUCUCUUCAGACGUUACAGUCUGGCAGCGGUGUGACGGACGGCUGUGAGGGUGCACACAUUUAUCCACCCACACCUCCCGUCAUGUUGCAGCACUACCCUCUGUACAGAGUGAGUGACGCCAUCUGCACAGGACAGGAUGCUGUACCGCCUGAAGAGCGACACCUGCUGUUCAGAGAGAAAUAUGACGUGCUGUCCAAGGAGGCCUCUCAGCGGCUGCUGCAGCUAUUUAUGCCCCGCCUCAUUCUGAGUGGACACACCCACAGCGGAUGCGAGGUUCUCCAUGACAACAAGUACCCAGAAAUCAGCGUGCCAUCCUUUAGCUGGAGAAAUCGCAACAACCCCAGCUUCAUCCUGGCGUCGUUCUCGACUAGCAGCUACGCUCUCUCUAAAUGUUUCCUGCCUGAGGAAAGCACAGUCAUCAGCAUUUACUGUUCUGCCGGUGCCUGUCUGCUCUUCCUCUUCCUGGCUCACUGUCUGUGGAUGAAAGGUCUGCUGCAGUGCCUCAGCCUCUGCCUGCUUGGAAAGCACAAGUCUCUGUGAACUACACCACCCAGCAUGCACUGCAGCCUGGAGCCAAGCCAUCAACUGCAGUUGGUAAAUACUUGAUCUGAGGAUUUGUUAUGUCAUUCCUCUUAUAAAGGGCCCAAAAAGUAAAAAAAACAAAAACAAAACAAACUGUAGUUUGAUCUGAUUGCCAAAUGUUUUGAGGUACUGUGAAGAAUAUCCAUCAGAUGAAUCUAUAUUUUAAUCGUCUUUGAAGAAUUUAAAGUUUGUCUGUGUCUGUCUACAGCCUGCGGUAUGGGCCAAAAUGUUGUAAAUCAUCACCAGCGUGUUUUAAAUCAGACAGAAGGAAGUUAUUGAAUUGUGAGGUUCUUGAUGACACAAAUGUAAUUUGCACAGAUUUUAAAAUAUUUUUCCUGCGACUGAAUUAUUUGUACAGCAAAUGGCACAAAUUAUUAGCAGUAAUUUAAAAAAAAAAAAAAAGAUUUUAAAGUAAAUACUGUUUGUCCCAGCUUUGAUAUAGGGUUGUAAAAUCAAAUAUCCAUUUGUGAGUUUUGUUACCAUCGUUCUGAUAUUAACAAUUCUGUCAUUCUGAUCAGCUGUUUCUGUUGUUGAAGUCUGAUCGUACAGCCAGGGUUCUCAUCGUUUUUAUGAGGCUUUAUAUCUGAAUGUAAUUUACUGCCAACUUUAUGUGACAAAUGUUUGUGAGGGUUUUUGCCAAAAUGUCCAGCAUUUCUCAUGAACUGUACACAUUAA